UGCGGUUCUAACGGCCGUUACGUUGAACCGCGAGCGCGAUCGAAGAUUCUGGACCCCGGCCGCCUCUUCUCUGUCCCUCGUGAUAGCUCCUCCCCCAAUUUCGACGACGAUAUCCACAUUCUCCUCUCGAAUCCCCCUCAAAGAAGAUCAAAUUGGGUUGAAAUUUCUUCGUUUGAUUAGAGUCAGAUUUUUGUAGGAGCAGUAGUCUAUAUUAUCAUUGCCCUGCAUUAUGCUGUCUCCGGUUCCGCUGUAGGGUUUUCGCAUGCGUCAUGACAUCCUCUAAUCAGAGUUCAUCUGAUUAUAGUGAAUCGAAUGAGCAACAAAAGCAAUCAAACUCUGUGCUUCACAGUGGAUCUUCUGCAACUGGACAAUAUUAUCCUGGACCAACAUCAGUGCCUAUGGAAUAUAUGGUGCCUAUCGGCCAUAUAGAAAUGGGGCAAACAGUGGCCCAGGUUGCUUACCCAUUUGUAGAUCCGUAUUGCAGAGGCAUAAUUGCUGCGUAUGGUGCACAAACUGCGGUUUAUCAUCCUUCAAUGGGAUUGCCUCCAAUUAGCAUGCUGAUGACAAAUGAUGCAGUUGAGCCUGUGUAUGUCAAUGCAAAGCAAUAUCAAGGAAUACUAAGGCGUCGCCAGUCCCGUGCAAAAGCUGAAUCGGAAAACAAACUGAUCAAAUCCCGAAAGCCCUACCUUCAUGAAUCUCGGCACUUGCAUGCGGUGAGAAGAGCUAGGGGAUCCGGAGGUCGAUUCAUUAAAUCCAAAUCUACAGAGAAACAAGAUAAUGAGGCUGACCCGCAUGAAAUGCAGAAGCCACUUUCCAUGAAUCACCCGAGCAUAGACCCCUCUGAGAACAAGGCUAAAGCAGCUGAAGUGUCUGGGUUCGAGAAGUCUCCCUUGAAUAAUGGAGCUGCUUCAGCUCAAUCUACAGCUUAAAGAAGAAGAUGAUCAAUCUUCAAUAGAAUAACUUGCACCACUAAUCCUUGAACUGUUAGCCGAGUUUUAGUUUGGUCCCUGAACUUCUAAAGUGUACACCACACAUCCCAGAUCGCGCAUGACGAGAGGGACUCACCUGAAACGAUAUAAAAAGUUUGGGAUGUCUAAUGCGCGCCUUAAAAAUUCAGAGGCCAAAUUGUAUAUCCCGCAAAAGUUUAGAAACCAAUGGUGCAAUUUAUUCAUCUACAGUUCUAUCAUGGAGUCAUUCACCUUUUAUCUUGGCUAUGACUCUUCUCUUUAAUUUUUUUUCUCCGUGGACAAUCGACAUGGGUGUAUAUAUUUUAGGUCUGUAUUGUUUGGAAGCUUAAUAGUAGGGAGUAGCCCUUGAUAAUUGUAGAGAUGUUAUAAAGGAGUUGCUUUUUUAUAUUUUGCAGCGGAGAGGAUUUUAGGUGGUGCUAAUAGUAAUAAUCCUUGUAAAUAUGUAGUUGAGAAACAUGUGAUGGAAUAACUCAGAUCAAACAUUCAUGAACAGAUUUAUAGUCUUUUCUUCU